AUGCCUGGUCCGGUGCCUGAAUCGUGGCCAGGUCUGAUUGGUACUGAACUGAAUGCAUCAGUUCAGAUCAUCUCUCACGAGAGGCCCGAUAUCAGAAUUGCCCGAGUACUCCCUCCAGGAGAGGCUCCAUCCCCACCGCCACAAGACCAAGAACGCGUUAUCAUUUACAACGAAGUCGGCCCGGUGCCUAAUACAUGGGUGGUUGUUCCUCCUGCACCAUACGUUGGCUAG